AUUUUGUUCGGCAUGCGGCGAAUUUACAAAUAUUUUGGAUUGAAAUGAUUUGAAAUAAUUUCAGGUUUGUCCAUGGAUACAAAGCUUCAGGACAUACUUAAGAACGAUAAAUUUGAAGCAAUAACUCGGUUGGAAACRGCUAGUCUAGAGUAUCCUCAGAUACUUUACAGCCAUAAGCAACGUCUUUGUAAAAAGCUUCCCAAUUUUCUAACAGAGGUGUGUUCCAUGGUCAACAUGCCCUCCAGGUCGGCUUGCGAGCAAAUGAAAGACCUUUGCUGCAAGGGGAAAUUCCCAGCUAUUUCCUGUGAAUUAGGAACAUUCACAGUCCAUUCGCUUUCCCAGUUGAUUAGAAUACACGAUCUCCGUGACGUCAAGAGCGCAGUAAUUAGUGAGCAAAAGUGGCUCUCUAAACAGAUCAAUGUUCCAAAUGAAGCCUGUUGCAUUUCAAAAGAGCUUGCUAAAGUUUUUACCGAUAAGAUCUUUCAUACACCAGAUGUAAGUAUCGUUCUGGAUAAUAACAGCUAUAUCCUUGCAUCCGAUUUGGCAACAGUUGCUGGAAAUGGAUGGGUUCACUUCAGCAUUAUGCUGGGCAUAGCUGAAAUCCUCAAUCGUCAAAGCUGUCAAACAAGUGCACUGAUGGUCAAUGAUUUGGUUAUGAUGAAUGAAGAUAAUCUGAACGACUACGUCGAUACCCAUAUCAGUCCUACCGUCAAAUAUUUGAUUCUCUUUGCAAAUGUCGGGAAAACUGGCAACGGGGAUUUUUUUUUUCAGCAAUCCAGGGCAAAAAGGCAAUCACUGGACUUUGAUUUAUAUUGACCUCACAGUAAACAAGUGGUUUUACUGCGACCCAGCUUCCUGGAACAUGCCGGCCAAGAUCAAGGGUGUCUUAUCACCCAUUGUGCAAGCAGUUUAUGGGAAAGUCCAUACCAGAAGAAAGCCUUUCAAAAGUAUUCAACAGGCUCACGUGCACAGCGAAAAAGCCCCAUACAAAUGCACGAGAAGUUGCCUAAAAAACAUGCCUUUGCAAACGUGUGCGAAUAUAUGUGGAGUUGCAGUGGCCGUCAUGGGAGGUAUUGCAURUAACGCUCCUACACUAUGGAAAGAUGUUUUCCUAAAUCGGCAUGGCACCCUUUCAUCUGGUCUGACCUGGUUGAUGUCUCCGUCUAGCCAUUCAGAUUUUUUAAGGCACACCAUCAUCUCAUGGCUCUUGACAAAUUCGAUCUCUUUGUCAGUCAUGGGAAUAGUGCAAGAGAAAGUGCCGCCUCCAUCUGCAUCCCCUGUUGUUAGCAGUCUGAGUGCGCGUACUAAAUUCAAGGCCCCAGAUGUCGUGAUAAUUCCAGACGAUGAUUUGCCUGAAGAUGAUGUUGAUGAACGUGAAAUACAGGAAGAGACGCAGGGAUGGCAAACAGUAAAAAGAGGACGUAAGAAUGUAGCAGCAGCGGCCAAAACCAGACCUAAGAGAAAAAGGAU